UGGAAGGUUUUGAAGGAAAUCCGGAGAGGUUCUUUCCAAUACAUAGUUAAUAACAGUAUGUUUAGCAUUGUUCAACACAUUUUGUUGAGCUAUAUCUCAGAUUUAAGUCUCUGGUGUCGAGUAGACCACGCACACCACUGCCACUUAUGAUGAAUCGUCGAAAUACUUUUUAAGUGUUGAGUAGCACUAUUAGUUGAUUAAUCGAGUGUUCUGAAGUCUGAAUAGAUGAGCACUUCUAGAAAUGCAGAGUGCAUUUUUGUUCAACACAGCUGAAUCCCUACACAAUUCUAUCGUCAGAGUUGAUAAAACUACAGAUACAUACACAGUUAUAACGUCUCGGACACUCCCUUCAGAACUUCUGCUCUUGCAAUAAAUUUUACUCAGACUUGUCAACUAUUUCUAAGUACAAAUCCUGAAUCUUAUGGACUAGAAAUGUGCAGUAAAAUCACAAAUAUUCACACAGGAUUGUUCCGAGAGCUCAGACACAUUAGCUUUCACAAAAACAAACCUUCAUUCUCCGACAAGUGCCAUUAUCCACAAAUCUGCAAUCGCCUCUGUUCAAUAAAAGCACAAAAGAUCACACUAUCUUUGAGCAACUAAACCUGAAGAGGCUGAAAUAAAUAGCAAGUUAGUGAUGGCAGAAACGCAGAGAAGAAUGAAUCCUCGAAAUACUUUAUCAGGUGAUUAAUCGAGUGUCACGAGCUUACUUUAUCUUUUUCAAACGUUGUCGUGAACUCUGAAGUCUGAAUAGAUGAGUUGCUAGAAAUGCAAUCAACAGAAUUGAACCGUACAUAAUUCCGCUGCUUUCUCUCAUAAAUGUUUGAAAACAGACAGAGAACGACGGGGAAAGUCCAUUUCUGUAUCCUCUGCGGAAAACAUAUGUCGACCGUAAGAGAGGACAGACAUUAGUCUUAUGAGUAAAAAAUCCAUUUCCGCAGUUGAACUUCACUUACACAUAGUUGUUAAAUAUCGAAACACUUUUUUAAGUUUCUUUUCAAACGAUAACGAUGAAAACCUUGUGGUGAGGUUUGUCUUGCCAUAAUUUGUUUGUGAAUACAGAAGAUCACGACUAAGGUCAUAUGACUGUAUGGUAACACAAAAUACCUUUGCCCCGUUGUUCCGUUCCUGAAAGGCUUCUAACAUUUUUCUUAUUCUCUUGCGUCUUAUUUGGUGACAGUAGUGAUCAUUUUUGCUUUCAGCUACUAAUAUCCUUAAUAGAUAUAUAUAUAGUUUGUGUUUCCAGUUGCACCUGGUCUGAAAAAAAAGAAAAAGUGUAUGAUAACCGUUGUGAUUUGAGACGAAAAAGAAAACGAAAAGGCAGAAAAUCAAACAAAACAAAACUAUAAAAUCGAUUGCCUGAUUGAAGUCAUACACAUUUUGAUGAAAUAAUCAUUUCUCAUACGAGACAAUAAUCAUAUUUGUAAAAGUGGUAAGAUAGUCGAGUAACUGAAAUGUUGCACUCUGUCUGUGAAAAUGAGAAGGAAAAUUAACAUUGAAUAAAACACGUAGAAGUUCUGAAGUAGAAAAUUUGAGCUUCACCUCUUAUUUUCUCUCUUGAUUAAUGAAUGUUAUAUUACAGGCAUUCGAUCUAACGUAAGUUUUCUAUUCAUAGUAAGUUCCAUGCUUUUCAAAGGCGAAGUCAUGAAAAACAAAAACAAAAAUUGCUUUUCUCCUCUCUUCUAUUAGAAAGACUUUUUUCAACUACUUACUUUGAACGAACAUUAAAUAAUUAAAAAGAAAUAUAGUCUUCGUUUAACUGGUACAAAUCCUCUCUUGUUAUCUAUCACAGGAGUGCCUAUAAUACAACAUUCUCACAUUAAUCAAGAGAGAAAACAAGAGAUGAAGCCUAAACUUUCUACCUUAAACUUCUUCUACAUGUUUCAUUCAAUGUUAAUUUUCCUUCUCAUUUUUAUAUAACUCCGUUUGUUUCACUGUCGAAUAGGCGUGAAACUGAAGUGUUGCAUUUUUCACGCACCGCUAGAAAAAGUCAAACAAACUAUAUUGAAAAACCGCUGAAGGUAACAUUUCUCGAGUCUGCUAUUAUCAUUUUUGUAAGUAUUUGUCGUGCACGGUCAGGAUCAUUCUCAACAAGCAUCGAAGUAAAAGAAAAAUGGAUCAUAAGACGACUCAUCCAGAAACACGUUCCUCUCAUAUACUCAUUUAUUUCGUUUAACUUCAACGUUUGAUCGCAUGCUGAUGUUGUUGGCACAAUAAGAAGCAUGAUGCUGCUUCACGUUUGAGCGAAAAUCAUUUACAUAUGUCGUUAAAAGGUUAUUCUUGGUUGUUGGUCCCAAGAGUUUUCGUAUAGUCACUAUGUAAAUUGUAUCAAAAACCAUCUUUAGCUGUUUGUUGACUUUUUUCUCUACCAGAAGUGUUUUUAACAAGUCGUUAGAACAAAGAAUUCUUUUACAUACGGUUAUUGUCAAAAUAUGAUGAGUGAGUAUCGAGUGUCUUGCGUUCAUGUUCAGUUAUGUUGAAAGGAUAAACAUCAUUUUCUUUUGUGCGUGACAAAUAUUAGUUUCUGAUGUUCUUUUUCUUGUGACAGCAAGUAUUCAAGUCAUCUGAGUGUGAUUUAAAUACAUACGAAAAGCUACAAAUGGAACGACGAAAUUAUCGUUUCAUCUGCAAGCAUCUGGAUUCGAUUGUUCAGUCCGAAUGAUGUUGUGGGAGACAGUGGUGUCUCUAUGGGAUGUAUUACUUCGAACUAAAUCUAGUUGACGCGUCACUUAUGAAGAACUCUCUAGUAUUCGACAGAAUGUUUGAUGGCUCAUAGCUUUGUAAGUCAAUUAGUCUUGAACGAACGUUGACUUAGUGAUAGAAGCAGAGAUGCAACUGUUUUACAAUUCUGAGAACGGGAAAGGUACCGUGUUAAACAUUUUCUCCCUGAAUGGAACGGGCGUUCUAAAUUUUCUCUUUCUUCAUAGUGAAAGACUAAUUUUAUUGAAAAAUAGCUCAAAGUGACGUCGAUUAAAAUUUUGUUUUGAGCGAUCGUUCUAAACAGUCUUACUGGAACAGAACGUUACCGGUUAAAACUGUGCAUAGAUCUAUACCUGAACGUCCUUGAAGAUUUGUUGCUUAUGCACAUUGAUUAACUGCUUAUAGAACAUUCGUCGGAAGUGUCUAUUCAGAAUGUUUAUUUACGUAAAUUCGAAAAGUGUGUGUUUUUCAGCUACCUAGUUAACUAGGUGUGCGUAUUUACCUCGAAAAUCAAAUCAUGUAAAGGCAAGCAUUAAUAGCCAUCGAAUCAGACAGUUGUUGAGAAACAGAUCCAGUAACGCAGCUUAUAUGACAGAAAUGCGGCAGCAGUUGCACAGCGAAUUUCUAUGUCUGAGUUGUGUGUAAUUCUACUACAUUGUUCAUUUCAUUGUUCUGUUUCUCCAUGAUAGCAUCUUGUUUGUUCCCCAUGUCAGACUGUUUUUGGAGACAAACUGAGAAGAGAGGAAAAGAAAGAUCUAAAUCUGCCUAUGUGUCGGAAACGAAGAAAGAAAAGUUUGAUUUCUUAAUGUAAUUGCUAAUGGUAAGAAGCACAUUAUUAUCUUCUCUUUUCCCGUUGAUUAAACAAAUAGUUUUUCAUUAGAAAAGAAAGUGGCAUCAGUUUUUGCUAUGAUUUCGAUUAUUCCACAGAUGUAUAUGAUAGUUGUCUGACUAACCUUCCGUCUUGUUUGAGACUAAGUGUGAUCGCAAUAGUAAGUCUAGGAAACGAGUUUUCUCUCAAGAGCUACAAACUUGUUUUGAAAUAUUACAUGGCCACUGAGAUUAGUCACGAAAUAAAACAAAGGACAGAUACUUACAGAUUUUCUCAGAUAUUAUUUAAAUUAUCUGAUUUGAUGUUGCCAUGCAAUAUUACAGCUCGUUCAAAAGAUUUUCUUGUUUCUUUAAUAGCAUAAUCUUUUAUUUUAGGAAGAUUUGUGAUUGAGUAGAUGUGACGAGGUGUAGUGUAGAACAGCGAAUGCUGCUCGAAUACCUUUGUUUUGUGUGGUUUGCAGCUUUGUCCAGAUUCGGUUUGUAGUUGAUAGAAAUGCUGCUGAUCGAUAAGUAAUUACGGGCCUGAUUAAUCAUUUGUACUUGAGCUCCUACCGUAUACUUGUACUUUUUUCGUGUAUGAAGCGAAAAGUGAAUCAUUUCCGUUUUAACUGGUUGAAUCUGUGGCUUCCGUCACUUAUAUCAACAUUCGAAAUAGUAUGUUGAUUCGUAUAAACGAUUUAAUAGAUUAUUAUAAGAAUGUAUCGUUAAGCUGAAAAGAAGGCCGCUGCGAAGUGAAGCUUGUUUGAUGAGAAACUUGAGUUGUUUAAUAUUUUCUCAUUUUAGAUCAGAAAAUGAACGUGCAAUGACUGUGACAAUGACGUCGUCAGACUCAGUUGUCUCACUCACAGAAUCCGAUCAACACCAUGUCGUGUGGUUUUUUAUAUUGACAUGUUUAUUUCUGAUAAUUGCUUGUGUUGGCAUCAUUGGAAAUGUUCUAGUGAUAUUGAGUGUGCAUUUAGAUUCUCGAAUGAGACGAUCGCUUACAAAUCGUUUAAUUGUUCAUGUCGCUUGUUGUGAUCUGAUUAUUCUUCUGUUUAAUAUACCAGAUAUUGUACAAUUUGUAUCAUCGAGAGGAAAUUGGAUUUUAACUGUUGUUCCAUGUAAAUUAGUUCGAUCAACACUUGUCCUCGCACAAUACGCAUCGGUGCUGACAAUGUGUGCAGUUACAAUAGAAAGAUUUAUUGGCAUUGUCUAUCCGUUACGUUCAAAAUUUCUUCGUGAGAGGAAACAUGUUGCAUUCAUAAUGAUUGGCGUAUGGUUAUUUUCAUUGUGUUGCUGUGCACCGAAUCUCAUUUAUUUAACCGUUAUCCAUCAUCCGAACUCGACCCGUUCAAGUUGUGCAUUACAAUUCACGACGACUAAUUCAACGUCAUCAAAUUGUACACCUUAUAUCAUUUACAAGAGUCUUGAAUCGUGUUUUUUCUAUUUCAUUCCACUACUAUUGCAAUUGUACUGUUAUACAAAAAUAGCGAAACGAUUGUUCAACGUCGAUGAACAUUUGCAAGUCAGCUUUCGUUUAGUUGUGCACCCUGAUGAACAAAAUAAGCUUUUUCAGUUAGAGCAAAGCGAGAUGGUAGAUAAUGACGACGACGAUGGUCACAUGAUUGAAUGCGAGAUGGAUCAAUAUCCAACAUCGAUGACAAAAAUGGCGCUGUCUGGCGACGGUCGUCGGUCGUACUUGUCCAGUUAUGCGUCGCAACUGCACCUGCCACUUCCUACUCGCCCAUUUGCCUCAACAGUGUCGGCCUCCUCUCUCAACAGUUUACAUCAAAAACUGACAAAUGAUCAACAUUCACAUAAUCCUAAUUCAACCAAUUUGCGCUACUUUAAACAGAGUUAUACAGCUCAUCGGACCACCUUGGCACUAAAUGCUCUACGGAGUCGUCGUAAUGUUAUCAAAAUGUUAAUUAUCGUUAUCAUCAUUUAUUUUAUCUCGUUCAGUCCUCAAGUGCUCGCUUUUCUCCUGUUUGACACUGGUUUGACAAAAACUCCAUUUGUACCAUCACCCCAUUUCAUUGCCUUUACAUUUUUACUCGUUUGUGUGAGUUCAGCAUCGAAUCCGAUUGUCUAUGUUAUAUUUUGCUCGAAGUUUCGUACCUCAUUUCUGAAAAUAAUUAAACGUCUAUUCGUGUGUCGAGUAAAAAGGACAUCGUUGUCUCUACCAACUACUAGUUAUACGUGCUGUGGAUGUUUAUAUUUUCAACGAGGAAAUGGUUUGACAGCGAUCAGUGGUAGUGAACAUUUCCGUCACGGUGUAUCACCUCCACGAUCAACAAUAUAUCAUUUUCACGAUCAUAACAGUAAAAGCACUAACUUAGCAAACGGCGGAGCUCGUCGUGCAUUUCCUCCACGAACAGCUUAUAAAUUUGUACGAAAUGGAUAG